AUGCUUAUGUUGACAGUUGGUUUGGUGCAAGACCCUUACCAGAUCAAAUCUUCCAAAAUCUACACCAUCAAAGCAUCCGCGUCGAAAUCAAGACAGCCCCACAAAAAAACCAAUAUAUAUGAAUCCUUCAUUUUGCCAAAUGUACUUCAACAGGCCCAAUUUGGCAUUUCCAAAUUUGUACACCGUUUAAUCUAUGGAACCAAGAGAUUUCAAGAAUUGUUUCCCGCUAUCAACAAUGUUCACCAUACUAUCAAUAACAAGAAAAGUAGUAGCAACAACAGCAGCAAUUUGCCUUCGUCGUUCCCCAGGAUUUGUGCUGUUGACGACUUAGAUUUAGGGUUUGAUGGUGAUGCAGCUAAUCAAAUUCAAAUCUUUGACAAUGUCAACUUUGGUGACUUUGACCAAGGUCAGUUGCAUCUCCAUCAUCAUGUGCAACACCCUUUUGACAAGAGUGGAUUUGAAGAUUUUCAUACUCCAAUCUUUCAACAACAACAGCAAUUGGGCUUGCAACAGCAACAGCAACAACAACAACAACAACAACAACAACAACACAACCACCACCAACACCAACACUUUCCUUUUCAUCCUCCACCAACCAACUUGCCUAUGUUUGAUGACUUUUUCGAAGCACACCAACAGCAUCAAGCCAAUUUCACCCAAAGACACUCUAAUUCUCCAUCGGGUUCAUUGAGCUCUAUUUCCAAUUACAACUUUAACGAGCAACCCCUUGAGAAGCAGCAUGAAGCAAAGUUUAACAAUAUCAAUGUUUUCGAAAUCAGCGACAAGUCUACUGAUGAUUUUGCAUCAAAGAACCAACAAAGAUUUAACAAUGGUCACCUUCAACACCAACACGUUCCUCCAUCGCCACCGCCAUUUUUUGAAGAUUUUGCUACUGGAGCAAUCAAUAUCGAGAACCAAACUGGUCAUGAGCAGCACAAUGUCGGCAGGUACAAUUCCUUGCCUCACACUGGCUCUUCAGUUUCAUCAAACGAAAGCUUUUUCAGCCCCUUGGAUGAUGAGAUUUUUGGUAAACUCCACAAGAGAUCAUCACCAAGAUUACCUAGCCAGAAACACGCACAAUCACAACCACACCAACCACAUCAACAUCAACAUCAACAUCAACAUCAACAACCACUUCACCAACAGCACAAUUUCCCAAUUUCAAGAAAGAGAAAGCUCGAUGAGUCUUCAGUUUCAUUAGCUUCUGAUUCCGACGUUCCAAUCUCACCCACCGAGAUUGUCGUCAAGAGCAAGCUUCUGAAGUUGAUGGAGAAGAAAACCAAAUUGCAGCAGCAGCUGCUGCUGGCCAGUAACAAGAAACUGAAGAUUUCACAAGCCAAGUUGUUGCCCUUGGAAGACCACACCAAGAUUGACAAGGUUGGCAAUAACGACAAGCCAAUCAUUACAUCUACAGUCACCAACAACACUACUGUGCGCAAAUUGUCCUACGCCAAGAAGAAUGGAACCAUGGACCACACUUUUGAAUGUCCUCACUGCGAAGCCAACUUUAAGGUGAAGGGUUACCUCACGCGUCAUCUCAAGAAACACUCCACAGCUAAAGCAUUUAGCUGCCCCUUUUACCAAGAGCAAGGUAGAUCAGGCACCAAAUGCCACCCUACUGGCGGGUUCAGCCGCAGAGACACUUUUAAAACACACCUCAAGGCGUUGCACUUUAUCUAUCCACCAGGCACAAAGUCCAAUGAGAGAAAUCAGUAUAGUGGAAGAUGCGCUGGAUGUUUCCAGUUUUUUGAGAAUAAUUUGCAAUGGUUGGAGACCCACAUUGAAGCUGGCGCAUGCCAGGGUACAGUAUGGGUAAAAGAGAGAUUGAGUCGCAAGUUGGAGGGUGUAGUCGCGGCGGAAUUGGAUGACUUUGACGACCUUGAUGACGAUGAGGAGGAAGAUGACGAACAACAUCAACAUCAACAUCAACAUGACGAAGUUGAAGUUUGUGAUUCCGAUAAAGAGUUGGCCCAUCAUGCAUCACACUACAUCAAGCUGGAAAUUCUUGAUUAA